AUGUCUGCAUCUCAAAGCGGUGGAUCAAGCCAGCGCACCAGCGACUGGUCUCCAGACCAAUACCUCCUCUUCAGCCAGGCGCGCAACCGACCAAUCCACGACCUAAUCUCCUUCCUCGGCCCCAACUUUGUCCCAAAACACAUCACCGACCUGGGCUGCGGACCAGGAAACAGCACCGAGAUCCUCUCCUCCCGUUUCCCCACGGCCAAGAUCACCGGCGUCGACUCCUCCCCGGCCAUGCUAGCCAAAGCGCGCACCGCCCACCCAGAAACACCCUUCAUCCAAGCCGACGUGCGCACCUACGUCCCGGACCCGCAAACCGACCUCCUCUUCAGCAACGCCGUCUUCCACUGGCUGCGCUCCGCGGACCGCAUCCCCACCCUCACCCGCCUGCUGCGCACCCUGCCCAAAGGCGGCGUCCUGGCCCUGCAGAUGCCCGACAACUACCACGAGCCGUCCCACCGAGCCAUGCGCGACACGGCGGCUUCGCCGGGGCCGUGGCAGGAGUAUUUCGCGCGUCUGUCUGCCUCGUCAGGGGAUGCUAGUAGUAAUAGUAAUAGGCCUGAUUUGGACGAGAUUGAGCCCGUCUUGGCCUACUAUGACGCGCUCAAGCCGCUGUCUAGUCAGGUGGAGAUUUGGAAGACGGAGUAUAUCCAUGUGCUGGAGGAUCAUGGAAAGAUUGUUGAGUGGGUUCGCGGCACGGGACUGCAGCCGUUUGUGAACGCCCUGCCGGAAGGUGAGGUGCGCGAGGGGUUUGUCAAGGCUUAUCGGGAGGUGUUGGAACGGGUGUAUGAGAAGGCAGUGGACGGGAAGGUGUUGUUGAGGUAUCCGAGGAGGUUUGUUGUUGCUAUCUACCACCAGACAGGGCCUGGCCCGGGGUAUGGAUGGGGUAUGACGACAAGCUCAUCGCACUCGCAUAGUCGUCACCCUCAGUUGAACACGGACAAUUUGUCUGAGGGUCAAGUUGGCAGCAGGUUGACGGACUUAGGGCGUUCAUCGCUGGGCGGAAAGUCUCGGGUCACAGUGAAUACAGGGGGCACGAACGUUCAAGGUUUACGUACCUUCCUCGGGAGCCAGCGCAGUUCCGUCCCGGAGCCAUACGGUCCAACACUGGAAUGGCUUCAUGGAAUUACCGCGCUCUCGCAGGCACACUCGAACGUCGAACACUUCGAGACCGAUCCGGAUUUCGUCAGCCAUGAUGGUUUUGGGGAGAUGCAUGUCCAGAGCGGUACCCCAGAUCGGGAAGACUCGAGGAACGGCCAUGAGGUGUGGAAAAACAUGUUCCAGACGCCCAGCAUAGCUGUAACCAAGACCUGCACCGAAAUGACCACCGCCCUUGAUGACGCGGUUACUCGAAAAGCGGAGCGAACAGAAGUGAGCGAUGCCAUUCUUCUCAGCGCGCCGUUUGAGCUGACACCAAACAUCAAUAACCAGAUGACCGGUCUCCUCCAUUCUGUCUGGAUGCGCCGUGGCCACAAUCGUCUAGUCCUGCCUUGUCAUCGCCACCGCAGCCUGCUGUCUCGGGGCAGCUCAAGCCGCCGCCAUUAUUCGAAUAUUACAAAGCAAUUACAAAACACGCUAGAGCACCUUCAACUCACGUCGUCGCGUGUUGGGUACAUCGAGAUGUCCAACAACAUGCAUCCCCAUAAAUCCUCCCUCGGUUGGUUCCCCCCUGAAGAGCAAGGGGAGUGGGUUUGGGUCCCCAAGCAGAAUGCCACCUCAAUACCCUAUUUCACGGCCAGUAUCCACGACAGUCAGUCCGCAGUGAUGCACCCAUUUGCGGAAAGUCCAGUCGAGGCCUUUCUAGAGGACUUCGACAUCAACACGGCACUUCAACUGCACGCUUAUCUUGAGGCCGCCUCGGCGCCAGCAGUUCCUCAAUCACCGCAAGCUGCGCCGUCCACCAACCUAUUUGAUAACACCUUUGUGAACGAAUCUUGGUUCUCUGAUCUGGGCGUUUCGUUUGCAGCCGAAGCCAACAGUCAAUGCACUUCGCCGAGCGUGGUCAGCCCGGAUUCCUCAGGAUUUCCUAGUCAGUGCUGGUCUGAAGCCAGCACCAGCCCCGGCCCAAACCCACAAACCCCCUAUCCCCUCAGUCCAGCUGCCGCCUCGCCUGACCUAAUCACCUCACCACCCGCAGCCGCCCCCAUAGAGUUACUUGCAUGCUCCCAGCCCUCGUGCCCCAGAACGUUCGAAAAGCAAUCCGACCUCAGGAAGCACGAGCGCAAACAUCGCAAGCUACUCGGUUGCCCCGUCUGCGGCAAGGCUCACCACGACCGGCGGGCGCUUGCCCGGCACCUCUGGGCCCAGCACGCCGAGUACGCACAAAAGCAUAAGACACCCUCGGAGCGAGUCAAGUGCCCGCUCUGUGACUACGAGGGAAGGCAGGACAAUGUCCUUCGACACAAGAAGACAACGCACGAUAAACCGCGGCCCAAGGGGUGCUGA